GCUCCAUCCCUGGACAUCCUGGUACCAGGUUCUGCUGCUGAGACUCACUUCACUGCUCGCAACCCAAAGAACGAUGGCUUCAGUCCUUCAUGUCGUCUUUCUCAUCGGUCUGAGCUGCGCGCUCUGGACGGCUGGUGAAUGCUGCCCUGGCGGUUGGACCCAGUAUGGAACUCGCUGUUUCUACUUCUAUAAUUACCAAACUGAAUGGGUGGAUGCUGAGCGUAACUGCAUCGCACUUGGCGCAAACCUGGCCUCCUUCCACAGCCACAGUGAGUACAUCUUCCUGAAGAACCUGGUCAGAGCUGCCAGAGGAUCCUGGGACAGAACCUGGGUCGGAGGCUACGACGCCGUCAAGGAGGGUGUGUGGCUGUGGAGUGACGGGUCAAACUUCAACUACUGCCAGUGGGGCAGCGGGGAACCAAACAACCAGGGCGGCGCAGAACACUGCAUGGAGAUCAACCUGAAAGGAUCUAGUGAAUACGUGAACGAUGAAGGGUGCAGCAGAAGGAGUUUCUUCAUCUGUGCUAAAAACGCCUAACUCCUCCCUCCUCUUCCUGAGAAAUCCGACGUGACCAUGUGACCUUCUCACUGGUGAUGUCACUUCCUCCAGGACCUCAGGCCUCGAUGGCGUUGCUGCUGGAAGAUACACGGAUAAAUAAAUUCAAAUAAAGCAUAUGAUUAAACAGU